AUGAGUUCUAAAAUUCUCCAAGAAGAGCCUAAGUCCUCAGUGGCUAUUAAGAAAAGGUCGAGAGUUCCUGGGGUUAUGAUCACUCAGUUUGUAGAGCAACUUCCUGCAGGAAAAUCAACACCAGACUUUGCCCGGAAACCGAUGACUACAACUGUUCAGGAGGGUAAAAAGGCAUUUUUUAAAGCUAUGGUAAGUGGAGAACCACCACCAACUGUUACAUGGGGUCGCAACAAAGGUGAAAUGGAUGAUACAGAAAAUUACAGCACCAGAUAUGAUGAAAGAGCUCGAGAACAUGUACUCGAGAUAGUGAAUGUAAAACUUGACCAAGCGGAUAGUUACAAGUGCUUUGCAACCAAUGAGUAUGGACAAGCCGUCUGUGUCGUCACACUGAAUGUUAUUGAAGGCUUCAAGAAGAAAACACAAAACGCUAAUGUGGCAAAGGAUCAGGGAACUCAGGAUUUCAGAUCAAUGCUUAAGAAAACAACUGUAGUCAAAAGAAAAAAGCAACUCCCUCCACAAAAAGAGGGAGAAAUUGAUCCUAAACUCUUGGAAUUGCUUAUAAGUGCACCAAAGAAAGAUUAUGAAAGAAUCUGUUGGGAGUUUGGAAUUACUGACUUCCGCUGGUUACUGAAGAAACUUAAACAGAUGAAAAAGGAGAGGGAAGAUGAGCAAUCAAAGGUUGUAGAAAAUCUGGACAACGUGAAACAAAUUGAAGUGAAACCAUCUGGAAAUGCUGAAUUUAGCUUCGACAUGAAACUGCGGGAUCCCAACAGUUCAGUUAAUCUAUAUAAGGAUGGGAUGAUGAUUCCAUAUGAUGAUGACAAAAACUCAAAGCACAGCCUUCAGAAAACAGGGACAAAUUAUGUUUUCAGCAUCAAAGACCCUCAGAAAGAGGAUGCUGGAUUUUAUCAGGUAGAUGUUGAAGAAACCAAUGUUCUCACAACCGACUUUCAAGUACCCGAUGUGGAUUUUGUAGCAAAGAUCAAAAGCACUAAAGUCACUCAGAAUGAGGAUGCCAUCUUUCAGUGUGUUUUGUCCACACCAAUUAACAAAAUUACUUGGUCAAAGGAGGACGCAUCACUGGAAGACGGUGGUAAAUAUGAGAUCACCGUCUCAGAGGACAAACUAACGCACACACUGAGAAUAAAAGAUUGCCAAAUGGCAGAUAAGGGAGAAUACUAUGCCAUUGCUGGCAUUACUUCCAGUAGUGCGUCGCUCUCAGUCCAAGCUGAUUCAGGUGGGAGUAAAAGCAUCAAAGGUGGGGAUGGGACUAAACUGGGGUCAGAAGAGCAGCAGAAGUUUCCAAAGGAAAGUGCUGAAACAGACACAGCAAAGCAAGCAGAUGGUGAAAAUGAUGCUGGUGAUAGAUCAGACAAAGCUGCAAAAGAAAAUAUAAAAGAUGGGAAAGAUGGACGAGAUGGAGGGUAUGGGGGAGAUGGGAAUGGUGAAGACGGUGAUGAUGGAACAGGCAAAGGAGACAAGGAUGAUGGUGAUGGCAAGUCUAAACAUUUCCUGGGGAAUGAAGAAGAUAAAAGUGCAACAGAUGAUGCCAGUGAUAAGAAAAAGAAACGCUCCAAAGCUGCUCUUUCGGAUUCUGACGGUGUCUUAGAUAGAGGGGUUCAGUUUGUUCGAGGACUGUCAGAUACAGAUGCCAAAGUUGGAGAACGAGCAGAGCUAUCCUGCAAACUUAGCAGCGAAACCUCUGAGGGACGCUGGUAUAAAAAUGGAAAGCUGCUGACAGAAGAGGAUGGUGUAACGAUAAUCAAAGAUGGCGCGUUACACAUAUUGGUGAUUAAAUGCUGUAAGAAAGAUGACACUGCGGUGUAUCGCUUUGAGGCUGAGGGACGUAAAUCAGAGGCAACACUGAAUGUUAAAGACCCACCAAUACUUGACUCUGAUGCUCUAGGGGAAUUUACAAAUCCAGUUAUUGUUAGGGUGGGUGAAAAUGCACAAUGGAAGCUUCCCUUUUCAGGCGGAGCACCAAUGAACAUACAGUGGUAUAAGAAUGAUGACAAGCUUCUGCCAGGGGUUAAUGUGAAAAUCGAAACCUCAGAUUCUGAGAGCCAGCUGCGCCUCACCAAGUGUCAAAGGAAAGACACUGGAGAAGUCAAAAUCAAAAUCAAGAAUGAGUUUGGCACUAUAGAAGCAGUAUCGAAACUGAUAGUGCUUGACAAACCAACACCCCCGCAAGGCCCUGUGGAGAUUGUAGAAAGUGCUGUUAAUUCUGUUGAAUUCAAUUGGAAACCACCUAAAGACGACGGUGGUUGCCCCAUUACAAACUAUAUCAUAGAACGGCAACAAGUAGGGCGAAAUAAGUGGUUGAAACUGGGAGAAAUCCCUGGCACCCCUAGCUACAAAGACACUGAUGUGGACCCUGGCAGAAGAUACUGCUACAGGAUUAGAGCAAAAAAUGCUGAGGGCAUCAGCGAUUACCUGCAGACAGGGGAUAUACCAGCUGGUGUAUUACGUUAUCCUGGACCACCAACGACACCUAAAGUAGUAAGUGCCUUCAACGACUGCAUCAAUCUCUCAUGGAGUCCACCCUGUGAUACAGGAGGAACCAAAAUAUUGGGAUACACUUUGGAGAAGAACAAGAUUGGAACAAACUAUUGGAGCCUAGUAAACCAGAAAGAGCCAAUUACAGAUACAAGAUUUGCAGUAAAAGAUGUUUUUGAAGGUGCUGCAUAUCAGUUCAGAGUGUCUGCCAUCAAUCUAUCUGGUGCUGGAGAGCCCAGCAUUCCAUGUGAGGCAGUUAUUGCCAGAGAUCCCAAGAAACCUCCAGGAAAAGUUAAAGACCUUAAAUUAACAUCCUCCAGUUACACAACUUUUUCACUGGCUUGGACUAAACCAAAAGAAGUGAAAGGGAUAGAAGAUGAAGCCCAGGGAUACUAUGUGGAAAUCAGACCAAUAGAGAACCUUGACUGGAGCCGCUGUAAUGCUUCUCCAAUUAGUUUAACUUCAUACACUGUGCUCGGCCUCAAAGCAAUGGCUGCAUACUGGGUGAGAGUAAUUGCAACAAAUUAUGGAGGGGAUGGAGAACCCCAAGACUUGGAUAAUUACAUCAUUGCGAUGCCCCCUCCUGUCAAACCAAGGUUUAAAGAUCGUAACAUGAAGACCUUGAUGGUGGUGAAAUCUGGGAACACUGUUCGACUCAACAUCAAUUACGAGGCUUCACCGAUGCCGGAGAUCUGUUGGCUAAAGGAUGGAAUUCCUUUACUCAAACAUGUGACUAUAACCAACUCUGAUAGAGGAUCUCAGUUAUUAAUUCCCACAUCUGAGAGAUCUGAUAGUGGCAUCUACAUGAUUACUAUGAAGAACAUGGUUGGCCAGGAAAGCUUCAGCAUUGAAAUCAGAGUUACAGAUGAUCCUAAGCCUCCAGGUCCAGUAGAGCUCUAUGAGAACACUCCAGGAACAGUGACUCUUUGCUGGACUCCCUCUCCAGAUGAAAAAAGAGACGACAGACUACACUAUAUGGUAUCCAAGAGGGACUCCUUCAAACGUACUUGGAGGACAGUAGCUGACAACCUUUUUAACAACAAGUUCACAGUUGUCAACAUUAUGCCUGGUCGCGAGUACUACUUUAGAGUAUUUGCAAAAAACGACAUGGGCCUGUCACCACCGUCUGAAUCCCCUGUGUUUGCUUUAAAAAAGGAAAAAGGAAAAUUCAAAGUUGACAUGCCUCAGAUGAAGGCCCUGGAUUUUGAGUCACCUCCAUCAUUUAUUAUUCCCCUAAAGAGACGUACAGCUCCUGAAGGCUAUGAAUGCUAUAUGACCUGUGCAGUUAGGGGUGAUCCAACUCCACAUGUGACAUGGUACCACAACAACAUCAGCCUCAACACAAACACCAACUACCACAUUACAAAUGUUUGUGGAGUUUGUUCCUUGCUCAUACUGCGAGUGGGACCCAAAGACAAUGGGGAAUACAAAGUAGUCAUUGAGAACAAACUGGGAAAUGCAGAGUCCUCCAUGGCACUCAAUGUUAGAGAAUGA